AUGGUCAAAGAGCGGGAGCCCCCGAGGAAUUCUGCUCUUCCCUCCCAAAACAAUAAUAAACCUCAGAAGAGCCAAUUAUCGGAGCCAGUGUUUGGGCAAGCAUCUCUUCUAGGCCCAGCAAAGCAGAGAACGGCAAACCCAUUCAAUAUCCCGAAACCCAAUAGACCGCGCCCAGAGCAUCAUCUACCACCACAACGAACCCAAACUCAACAACAGGGGAAGGAUUCUCGAUCUAGCUAUGCCCAGGCGGGAAUUUCGACAGGAAAUACUUCCUCCUUAGGCAAUGGAUAUCAACGCUACGAUCCCUUCAGGCUCAUGAAGCCAUCAGACUACAGCGGUCUUCGACCGGGGUUCCUUGGCGAUGACAGUGUUGUCGAGAUAGUCAGACCAUCGAAUGCCAUACAGACAACACAACCGGCCGCAAUUCCCAUGUUCUCUUCUCAAGCCAAACCGAAAAUGCCAAAGAAUUUAAGCAAUUUGCAGAAUUUCAUUGAUCUUACGGGCUCAGCCACAAAUGCACAGCAUCACGAGGAAGCAUUUGGUGCUAUGGACGUGUAUAGCUAUGUCGAUGCAGCUAAGGCAAAUGAAAAUAUCAAAGCUCUGCUAGAGGGUGCUUUCGAGGAUGAAAGUGACAAGCCCCGCGCGAGACAACGACGAAAGAAAAUAGAGAGUGGUGUCAAUCAGUUGGCCAUCAAGCUUCAGAAAGUGGAUGUUAGUGAAGCACCGGGCGAUAAGGAAAUGGGAGAGGAAGAGGAAGAGGAAGAGGAAGAAGACGAUGGCACUGUUGAAGGGCUGAAGGUCAAACUUCUUCCUCAUCAAAGGGAAGGGGUUGAAUGGAUGAGAGAUAAAGAAUGCAGCGUGAAAAAAACCCGAGGCGUGAUUCCGAAAGGUGGUAUUCUCGCGGAUGAUAUGGGUCUUGGCAAAACCGUCCAGACGAUCGCGCUGCUACUUACGAAUCCGCGCCACCCAAAAGGAAAGGAGACGACUGACGAGGAUAAAGAGAAAAGCCAAAAGAAGAUCUCUCCAGAAGUUGGGAAAGGAACACUGGUAGUUGCACCACUUGCGCUGAUUAAACAAUGGGAAUCUGAGAUUGAAAGCAAAGUCGAGGCCACCCACCGACUACGUACCUGUAUCUAUCAUGGAACACACCGGACGAAAUACGCCAACAGUCUAUCUCAGUUUGAUGUUGUAAUCACCACAUAUGGGACACUCAGUUCUGAGCAUGCAACCUCCGAAGAGAAGCCUACUGGAUGUUUUGCUAUUUACUGGUACAGAGUCGUCCUUGAUGAAGCUCACACUAUCAAAAACCGCAAUGCCAAAGCAACCCAGGCUGCCUGUUCACUGAAAUCUGAAUAUAGAUGGUGCCUCACUGGCACUCCAACGCAGAAUAAUCUCGACGAGUUACAGAGUUUGAUCAACUUCCUGCGCAUCAAACCUUACAACGACCUUGCGUCAUGGCGUGACCAGAUUACAAAACCACUCAACAACGGACGAGGAGGUUUAGCCAUCCGGCGAUUACAGGUUUAUCUUAAAGCGUUCAUGAAGCGUCGAACGAAGGAUGUCUUGAAAUUGGAUGGAGCAUUAGGUAGUGGAGACCGCGAAGACAGCAACAAUGAAACUAAGGAAUCGCCUAACGGAUUCAAAAUCACUAAUCGCGAAGUAUUGAAAGUUGAGGCAGAUUUCACUCCAUCGGAGCGGGAAUUUUAUUCACGUCUGGAGCAGCGGACGGACAAAACUUUGGAACGAAUGAUUGGGGGCAACAGUAUCAAUUAUGCCAGUGCUUUGGUUCUUCUUCUCCGUCUCCGCCAGGCAUGCAACCAUCCUGAUCUUGUGAAAAGCGACCUUGCUCAGGAUAAAGAUGUGUUGACGGGAAAUUUUGGAGGAAGCCAGUCUAAGAACCCAGUCAAAGAAGAAGACGUUGAUGACAUCGCCAACCUCAUGGGUGGAUUGAGUGUUAUUACGAAAUUGUGCGAUGUUUGUCAGACUGAGUUGAGCGCAAGAGAAGCGAAGAGCGGGACUAGCAGAUGUGUGGAAUGUGAAGCUGAUCUAGAGACUCAAGUUGUUAGCCCGCGGAAGAAGAGGGAUAAGAAAAAGAAGAAGAAGAAAAGUGAGAAGAAACAAGUGAAUGCAGAAGGUAGUGAUUCCUUCCAGGAAAUUUCUCAUAUUGCCCGUCGAGCGAGAUUGCAGAAGCAGCGACGUAUCGUUGGCAGUGAUGAUGAAGAUGGUGAUGAUGGCGAAUGGCUUCUUCCGGAUAAUCAACAACAUGUUGAAAAUUUGGGGAAAGCCGGUGGAACUGAUGACGAGGAUGCUGAAGGGGGCGGAGACUGGUUGUGCUCUGAUGACUCUUACACCGACGAAGACGAAGAUGGGGAAACUAGCGAAAUUCAUGGAAAGUCAAGAGAUGUUAUCAAUCUCGACUCGGACGAGAAGGGGGAGGGAGAGGACGAGGAUGGGACCAACGAUGAAAGCGACGAUGAACCGGAGACUCCGGAUCAUCUUGCCUCAACAAAGAUCCGACAUCUCAUGAAAAUCCUGAAGAAAGAAUCGGGCGACUACAAAUUCAUUGUCUUUUCCUUCUUUACAUCUAUGCUUACUAAGAUUGAACCAUUUCUCAAGGGCGCAAAUAUUGGCUAUGCGCGAUACGAUGGCGCAAUGCGAAAUGAUAUGCGAGAAAACAGUCUGGAUAGGCUACGAACUUCUCCCAAGACUAGGGUGCUUCUUUGCAGUUUGCGUGCCGGGUCGUUGGGGUUGAAUUUGACGGCGGCGAGUCGAGUUGUGAUAUUGGAGCCAUUUUGGAAUCCGUUUGUCGAAGAACAAGCCAUCGAUCGCGUCCAUCGCCUCAACCAAACCAUUGACGUGAAGGUAUACAAACUAACCAUCAGGAAUACUGUCGAAGAGCGCAUAGUCGACCUGCAGGAACACAAGCGUGAACUCGCGAAUGCUACCAUAGAAGGGAAGGCUGCCGCUGGAAAACUCACCAUGAAGGAUAUGAUGGCACUCUUCAGCCAUGAAGCUAGCGCGAGGUACAGUGACGAUGAUCCUAGGCUGGAUCUUUCUAGCAAGACGAGGUUGCUGGGGUCGAGAGAUGACGAUGAUCGGCUGGACUACGGAAGAUCGGGUUCCACGAGCACGUCUGCGUCCCACUCCCAGCCAAGUCGAAGGGCGAUGCCACCGGUUAUGGAGAGAAAAGCUGGUGGUGGGAGUGGUAGACGGCCUCCGCCUGAGAGCUCGGUCUAUGAGCGCAGGUGGUGA